UACUUAACACACACACUCAUUCACAGGUAAGCCCUCCCCUACACACACACACAGUGAUUAUACAUAAAAAGCAAGGAGAUAUUGGUAACGGUCUUUAUUUAUUAGAUUACGAAGCGACCCACGCUUUAUUUUAAGCCCGUACUCGGUUACAAUAUUAAACACGAGCAAUAAAUUAUCCGAAAUGGGUGGAGAGGAGGAAACGUUAACGCAGUGAGGGCGGGUUGCGCGAGUGCGCAUGAGUGUGCGCUCCCGUCAUUAAUUAUAGGUGUAUGUGUGAGUGUACGUGUGUACGUGUGUGUGCGUGUGUGUGUGUGUACGUGUGUGUGUGUGUGUGUGUGUGUGAGCGACACAAAACUUUUGUGAAAGAUUAUAAAGAAGCCAAAUCGAAUCGCAACCAAGGAUUGAGAAUUUGCAUCGCUCUAUAAAUAUUCCGUAGAUUUCGGAAAAUCUUCAUUUAGAUCAGAACUCUUCUUGCAACAUGUCUCUUCGGCUCAGUCUAUUUCUCGUUUCUGCUGUAAUUCUUUUAUCAAUAGCAAAUGCAGCAAAAUGCAACAGACAUAAUAUGCACGCAUGUCUCGGAGGAAAUGGUAAAAGAAGUUCGAUGGAUGUGUCAAACCGUGACGAACAGUUGAUGAAAAUCCUUUCGAGAGGAUUAGAUCAACGGGCCAUACGAAGUGAAAUUGAUGACGACACAGUUCUUCCCCUAGAAAAGACUUACGAACGAGCAGUGAAACAGAACGAUUUUUCACCCGUAAUUAAGAGACUGGCGAAAAUCAUUUUGUCUGAAGAAUCGCAGAACUGAAAACAGACGAAAACCAACCAAUACCGAAACCAAAAAUUCAGCAAAAAACAAAACUACAAAUCACAUCAGUAAAAUAAUAAAAUUUUAAAAAAAUAAUUAUGAUAUCAUGAACAUGAA